UUUUAAUCGCUUUUACUAGCCCCUUAGGUAGUUAUAGAUUAUAGCACAACAACGGUUAACCGCAAAGUGAUGUUUGUUUCUGAAAAAAUAGCUUUUAUCUAAUUCCAUCGCGUUGGUGUUUUAUCAGAGAUUGCCAAGCACUGUCGCACUGUGUUUUUGAGUUGAUCCACAACCUAAACAAUAACAAGUGACGGAACUGGAGUAACUAUCCGUUUAUAUGGUUUUAUUUUGUUUAGGCGUGCACAAUGAAAAGCGAAGAAAAAAGAAUGAAAAGAUGGCCGCGGCUGGGGAAUCUUAAACUAUGCCAUUCGUCGGUGAAAGAUUUCACGAAGUCGCCCUGGUUCAGUCCUGUUGUCUUGGGCGUCUAUCGAGGACUAGCAGCCUUUUACCUCAUGUCUUGGUGGUUGUACAACAUGUCAGUCAACAUGAACAAGGGAAAAAUGUUCAUCUACUUCACAAACCUCUACUUCACCACGAUCGCUUUUUAUUUCGCUAUUGGCAUGAACCUGUCCUGCAUCACACUCAUGCAGAGGCAAGACAAACGGUACGGCAAUGAAGACGAAAAUGUCGAGCGACAGUCACUAGCCUUGUUAGCAGACAAUUGCCCCUUUGACCAGUCAAAGGACUUUAAAAUAUCCGCUGAUAAAGAAACAGCUACGUGUGAGAAAGUACCGAGGAAGGAAGACGAGCUGACAAAAGAAUGCGCAGAUAAACUUGAGCCAGCUAUCAUAUCUCCCACGAUAAGCCGGGAAGAGAAAUCUCCCAAAAAUACGAGGAAAAUCAAAAGCAGUAUCGAGAAAGAAGAGGAAGAUAUUGUUAGUUCAUUUUCUGGAAGUUCCGGGCGGAUGAGAGGCGGAACCACUGUUUGUCAUCAAGUCUACUGGCUACUUUACAGCAUUUCCACAAAUACUAGCGUCCUGGUGGCUAUCGGACACUGGAAUGAUAUAUUCGAAGAGCAAAGCUUUUACGCUAAUGUCCUAACUAAGGAAGUAGUCGGAAUGGGAUUGAUUGUCAUGGAAACUCUCAUUUGUGGAAUUCCAGUACGCAUGUGUCACGUGGUAUACCCAAUGCUCUUUACGAUUUUGUACAUCAUAUUUACCGGUAUUUACUAUGCUUCGGGGGGUACCAAUAUCCAAGGCAGAAGCUACGUGUACCGUCUGCUGGACUAUGAGAACAUCAACUUAUGGUCUGGUGGCAUUCUAGUUUUAACAGUGUUUGUCGCUCAGCCUUUGAUACAGUUAGCGUUUUAUGUUGUCUCUGUGACCCGCCGAUGUCUUGCUGACCGAGUUUGUCGAUGUCGGCGUCGUCGUUAGAUGAUACAUGGAAGUUUGUGAGUGCGUGACAAGGAAGAGCCGACGCAAGUUUCUAGACGAAUCGACCCAUCGGUUACUCGCAAGUGCAGUGACCUGAAUGGCUAGCCUUAUCAUCAGAUGACCAUGCCGUCUAUCGAUCGAUAUUCAUGCGAGACGUAUCCCAUGCCGCUAACCUUUUUUUGUUAAUCUGUAAUUUUUUUUAUAAGGUCGUCUGCUCGGGGUUGUCAGUAAACCAUAGCAGUUAGCCCUGCAAAACAUUCAAACCAAAUAGUCAUAAGAUGUGCAUUAGAUUCCCCUUGUGGGGAAUUCCUCUAGUUACCUCUAGUUACUUCUAAUUACCUUCCUCAGUAUAUAUCCUCUAAGAUCUCUAAGUCCAUGUUAUCACCAGUUUAUGUACCUCAAUGCAUUGUCUUCCAUAUUGCUUCAGUUUUGAAACCACAAAAUUUGUUAACAUAAAUUUUAUGGUUAUUUGACUUAUCAGAAUGCAUCGCCUGACAACUAUGUACAUACCGUAACUAAGCUUC